AUGGGAGACCUGCGGGAAAACGUUCAUUUAAUCAUGGAGUUGCUCUGGUUGUGGGUUCCUGCGUUGGUCUGGGUCGUGUUGGUGGAGGUGGCGUGGACUCGAGCCGUGGAUCGAGAACCGCAGCCAGGACCUGAGGAUGUGGAGCUAGCUGAGAACUACCUCAGGAAGUUUUAUCACUUCAAUCCUGGAGGCGGACGACGACGAGUCCGAUCUGCGUCACAACUGGAGGAAAAAAUGAGAGAAAUGCAAAAUUUCUUUGGACUCAGAGAGACGGGACGUUUGAACCCCGAGACCCUGGAAGUGAUGAGGACGUCCAGGUGUGGCGUUCCAGAUGUGGAGAACUUCAGCUUUUACCCAGGAAAACCUAAAUGGAGCAACAGCACCAUCACAUUCACAAUUGCCAAAUACACACCUGAGAUUAUGAGAGAGGACGUGGAAACUUCAUUCCGUGCAGCUCUGAAGUUGUGGAGCGACGCAGCGCCACUCAAGUUCCUCAGAGUCAGAGACCAGAGCAGAGCUGAUGUUGUCCUGUCCUUCACCAGCAGAAUGCAUGGUGACUUCUCCCCCUUUGAUGGACCUGGUGGAGUUCUGGCUCAUGCUUUUCAGCCUGGAGAAGGGAUGGGAGGAGACGUGCACUUUGAUGAAGAUGAAACCUGGACAACGGGGAGCCAAGGUUACAGCCUGUCUGCUGUGGCAGCCCAUGAACUGGGCCACUCACUGGGUCUGACUCACUCCAGAGAUCCCUCUGCCGUCAUGUUUCCCAGCUACAGGUAUGACAGCAGCACGCAGCGCUCGCUGACCAUGAGCGACGAUGACGUCCACGCGAUCCAAACACUGUACGGCAAACCAUCCAAAAAUGGAAAUACCCAAAAUAUUCCCAGUAAAUGUGACCCAAACGUUUCUUUUGAUGCUGCCACGAUGAUGGGGAACAACAUCAUUUUCUUUAAAAACAAGUCUGUGUGGGUGAGAACGACCCGGUCGACCUACUGGAACCAGCUGACAGAGGCCCGCGGCGGUGAAUACUUCCCCGGCAUCAGUUCUCCAGUGGACGCAGUGUUUGACAUCCCGGCCAAAGGCGCGGUCUACAUAUUCACCGGUACGGGCAGCGGGAAAUCUAGCUCAGUAAAAGCCUCGUCAGCAUGA